AUGACCGUCAGCAAAGAUAGAAAGCCUGCGGGCGUUGCGUCCAUCGAGGAAACGAUCGGCGCCUUUGCGAGGGGCGAGUUUGUCAUCGUUUUCGACAGCCAUGGCGAAAAUGAAGGCGACUUGAUGAUUGCUGCAGAAGACAUGACGUCCGGCAAGAUGGCCUUUAUGGUCAAGCAUACGUCCGGUUUCAUCUGCGCACCGAUUCCGCAAUCAAGGGCCGACGAACUCGGCCUGCCUCUCAUGGUCAAGGAAAAUGCCGACCCCAACAGCGCGGCAUUCAGCGUCACCGUCGACGGCGUCCACCCGUCCAUCUCCACCGGCAUCUCCGCCGAGGACAGGGCACGUACCUGCCGGCUGCUCGCAGACCCUGCCAGCACCCCCAUGACCUUUGGCCGUCCCGGGCACAUUCUUCCCUUGCGGGCUGUUGACGAGGGAAUCCGCCGCAGGCAGGGUCACACCGAGGCUGUCGUGGAGCUGUGUCGCCUGGCUGGGAAGCAUCUUGCUGGUGUUCUCGGCGAAAUGGUGCUUGAUGGAGACGCGGACCCAGACGGCAAGACGGAAUACGUCGGAGGCAGGAUGAUGAUUCGAAACGACUGUCUCGCCUUUGGAAAGCGUUGGGGCAUCAAGGUUUGCACCAUGGAGGAUCUGGUAGCAUACGUUGAAGGGGAAUAUGGUCAGCUUGCCGCUGUCGGAUCGAACUGUCCUGCCGGUUGA